UUUGCAUAUCUGUGGUCGACAGCGGGUGUAGUAGUAUCGUGACUUUCAAUCCUUAUUUAUUGUAAAAGUUUUGUGUAUUAUUAACACUUAUCUGGCUUUUAUUAUAAAGUAACUGAUAAAAUGCCUAAAUACUCAGUAAAAGUCAAAUGGGGCAAGGAGAUGUUUCCGGGCGUGGAGGUGAACACAGAUGACGACCCUGUGCUGUUCAAGGCCCAAAUAUUUGCUUUGACGGGGGUGCAGCCCGAGAGGCAGAAGGUUGUGUGCAAGGGGGUCACACUGCGGGAUGAAGAGUGGGGCAACUUUAAGCUUGUUAAUAAUGCCAUAGUUCUAGUGAUGGGCAGCAAGGAGGAGGACGUGCCUGCAGCCCCGGUGGAACAGACCAAGUUCGUGGAGGACAUGAAUGAGUCGGAGCUGGCUACCGCUCUGGACCUCCCCGAGGGACUGAUAAACUUGGGCAACACUUGCUACAUGAAUGCCACCGUGCAGUGCCUCAAGACUGUUCCAGAACUGAGGAACGCACUCCUCAAUUAUAACAAAAACAGCGGCGGCGGCACGGCGGGCGAGCUGACGGCGGCGCUGUCCGACACGGUGGCGGCGCUGGAGGGCGGCGGCGCAGGCGCAUGCGCGAGCGCGGCGGCGCGCAUGCUGCGCGCGCUGCACAACACCGCGCCGCGCUUCGCCGAGCGGGCUCCCGGCGGACACCUAGCGCAGCAGGAUGCCUCCGAGUGCUGGACGGAGAUAGUGCGCGCGCUGCAGCAGCGUCUGCCAGUGUCCCCGCCGCCGCCGGUUAACGCCGACAGGGCAUCAAUAGUAGAGCAGUACUUCGGCGGCACUCUGGACGUGGAGCUAGUGUGCUCGGAGGCCGAGGAGACCCCCACCAAGGCGCGCGAGACCUUCCUGCAGCUGUCCUGCUUCAUCUCACAGGACGUCAAGUACCUGCAGUCGGGGCUGCGCUCUAAAAUGUCAGAGCAAAUCACAAAACUAUCAGAAACGCUGGGGAGAGAUGCGAUCUACACAAAAACGUCAAAAAUCUGCCGUCUCCCAGCAUACCUGACAGUGCAGUUCAUCCGCUUCUACUUCAAAGAGAAGGAGUCCAUCUACGCCAAGAUUCUCAAGGACGUCAAGUUCCCCGUCGAGCUGGAUGUGUACGAGCUGUGCACGCCGGAGCUGCAGGAGAGGCUCAUGCCGAUGAGGAAUAAGUUCAAGGAAUUAGAAGACGCGUCAGUCGAGUCAUCGUUACACGCGAAGAAUAAGAACCACGGCGACACCAAAAAGGACUCCAAACCUAAGAAAGCAUUGCCAUAUUGGUUUGAAGAUGACGUAGGUAGCAACAACAGCGGGUACUACCGUCUCCAAGCCGUGUUGACGCACAAGGGCCGCUCGGCGACCAGCGGUCACUACGUGGCCUGGGUGCUGCGCGGCAACACGUGGCUCCGCUGCGACGACGACGCCGUCACGCCCGUGUCCGAGGAGGAGGUGCUCAAGCUCAGCGGCGGAGGUGACUGGCACUGCGCCUACCUGCUCCUGUACGGGCCCAAGAUCUGCGAGAUCCCCGAGCCGCAGGACGCGCCCAUGGUCACCGAGGUCACUGAGGACCCCAUGCCGCCCGGACCCACUGCGCAGGCGUAGGCAGGACUGAAUGACCAUAAAGGAUUACACAUUGCUCCUUUCUGUUCUGGAUAGCUUACGACAUGGGAGCUAUAAACAUUGAUAAUCAGCCUAAAGCAGUUUACUGCUGUAUACAGACUUCUAAUGGUGCGUCGCAAUGCCUGUUCAGGAUUUGCUAACUGCUGACAUGAACUAGUGUUGGAAUUUGAAGCUCUUCGAAGAAGAAGUAGGUACUUCUGACAUUGUUUAUCUGUGUUUUGUUGUAAGUAUACAACUUGAAAUUGGCUUCGGUAUCCUUAACUUUCGGAAACAUACUUGUUUUUUUUUUCUAUAAUCUCAGCGUGACCCUACUUCUGAUAUUUUUGGACUAUAUAACAUUGCAUUUCCCACAGCGCAAAUAACUGCGCUAAAAUUAUUCGGGGCUAUUCAUAAAAUACGUCAUUUAAAAU